UGACGUCAUAGGUGAAAGGUUACCACCCUGACAGCGCCACAUGUAUUUUGUUUUUGCUCCAUCGUAACUGCAGGAUUAACUUCGGUGUCUCGACUGGUUUUUCCUGCUCAUGCUGAGGAAGGAUGAGGAACCUGAAGUUGCUCAGGAGCCUGCGCAGCUCUGAGCUGCAGAGUCCAGGAGCUCCUCAGUGUUUAGCUGUCCGGGUGGACACUGGAACCCUGCUCGUCGCCUCGCAGUACUCCAUCUCUGAGUUCAACCCUCACACUGGCCAGGUGGUGAGUGAAGCCUCUCUGACAGCCAGCGAGUUCCUCCCUGAAGAUGGUUCCGGGGUGGUGGUGGGACUUCAGGACCUCGCCGAACUGGAGUCCGCCUGUUUAGCCACGGCCGGUGGUGACGUCCUCCUCUUCAACUUCAACACCUGUCAGCUGGAGUGUGUGGGCAGCGUGGACAGCGGCCUCACGUCCAUGAGCUGGAGUCCUGAUGAAGAGCUGGUGGUUCUCACCACAGGUCAGGAGUCCAUCAUUAUGAUGACCAAACACUUCGAGCCCAUCACUGAAGUCAGCAUCCACCAGGACGACUUUGGAGAAGGGAAGUUCAUCACAGUGGGCUGGGGAAAGAAGGAGACACAGUUCCAUGGUUCCGAGGGGAAACAGGCGGCUCAGCGGAAGAUCCAGGAGGUGAAGCCCGCUCCGGACUGGGAUGACGGGCGGCCCAGGGUCACCUGGAGAGGAGACGGUCAGCUGUUUGCCGUCAGCGUGGUCUGUCCUCAGACCGGCGCCCGGAAGGUUCGAGUCUGGAACAGAGAGGGGGUCCUGCAGGCCACCAGUGAACCUGUCAGUGGGCUGGAGCAGUCGCUGUGCUGGAAGCCGUCGGGUAGCGUGCUGGCGAGCACGCAGCGCCACCCCAACAAGUACAGCGUGGUGUUCAUGGAGAAGAACGGGCUGCUGCACGGAGACUUCACACUGCCCUGCAGCCAGGCCAGAGUGAAGGAGCUGAUGUGGAACAGCGACUCGACCGUGUUAGCCGUGUGGGUGGAGGACACCAAGGAGGGACCCGUCAGCACUUGCUUGCAGCUGUGGAUGGUGGGAAACUACCACUGGUACCUGAAGCAGACUCUAGACUUUGGCUGCGACCCUCUGAAGGCCCCCGUCAGUGUGAGCUGGGACCCAGAGCGCCCCCUACGUCUUCACGUGGUGACCCGCGGCUGGACCUGCGUCUCCUACGACUGGGGGUGGAGCACAGAGAGGAGUCCGGGGCGGGAUGCCAGCGACCUCGCCAACGUGGCCGUGAUCAACGGGGAUAAGGUCCUGGUGACCACCUUCAGGCGCGGCAUGGUUCCUCCGCCCAUGUGUUCCUUCCAGCUGCAGCUGACCUCACCAGUCAACCAGGUGACCUUCCUCCAUAAAGCUGAGAAGACCAAUCAGCUCGCUGCGUUCACAUCUGGUGGACUUCUGUCCAUCUACAGCCAAGGUUCAGGAGAGCAGCCGGAUCAAGGAGCUGAUGGAUUCAGGACAACGUCUCCAGCUCUUGUGCUCCAGAAGACCUUCAGAGUCGCUGUCGACCAGCAGGAGCCGCUAGAGCUCCGUCAGCUUCUGUGGCUGCGGGAGGAACAGUUCGUGGGCGUCAGACCGGGUCAACUGCCGGGCUCAUCCACUCUGCUGGUGCUUGGUCCAGCUGAGGACACCUCAGAGGAACUCUGUGUGAGGUCGGAGGUGGACGUGGACGGAGUGGUGGUCAGCAUGGUUCACUGCUCUCAGACCAGCACCGUGGCUCUUCAGCUGGAGAAUGGAGAACUUAAGAAACUGCUGUGGGACUGUCCCAGACCUUCAGUGAGCCCCUGGCAGGACUCCAGCGGCUGCAGAGUCAACUUCCCCGUUCCCUGUGUGCAGACGGCACUCUGCAGCAUCCAGGGCGAGGAGCACCUGCUGGGUCUGACGGACAGAUCCCACCUGUUCGCUGGAGACACGGAGCUGGCGUCCAACGUGUCAUCCUUCGCUGUGAGCUGCAACUUCCUGGUCCUCACUACACACGCGCACACGUGCCGCUGCCUGGACUUGAGCACGCUCAGUCUCAAAGAGCUGCGGGCGGCGCUGACGUCCGACGGAGGUCAGACGGACGAGACGCUGCGGCGCGUGGAGCGAGGAUCCAGGAUCGUCACUGUGGUUCCUCAGGACACCAGAGUGGUCCUGCAGAUGCCUCGUGGGAACUUGGAGACGGUUCAUCACAGAGCUCUGGUCCUGGCUCAGCUCAGGAUGUGGCUGGACGCCUUGAAGUUCAGAGAAGCCUUCGAGUGCAUGCGGAAGCUGAGAGUGGACCUGAACCUCAUCUACGACCACAACCCCAAGGUUUUCCUGGAGAACACUGAGGCCUUCCUCACCCAGCUGGACUCCAUCACCUCCAUCAACCUCUUCCUCACCGAGCUCAAGGAGGACGACACCACCCUGGGCAUGUACCCGCGUCCCCAGGGGGCCGCCGUCCCGCCCAGGGUCGGACCCGGCCUGAAGAAAGUGGACCUGGUUUGCGACUCUCUGCGGACCACCAUGGAAUCUAUGGAUCCCGACAAGUUCUGUCUGUCCAUCCUGACCGCUCACGUGAAGAAGACGGUUCCAGAGCUGGAGGUGGCACUGCAGAAGGUCCACGAGCUUCGAGCCCACCCUCCGACCCGACCUGGAGCCGUGAGCGCCGAGGAGGCGCUGAAGUAUCUCCUGUUCCUCGUCAAUGUCAACGACCUGUACGAGUACUCGCUGGGCACGUACGACUUUGACCUGGUGCUGAUGGUGGCCGAGAAGUCGCAGAAGGACCCCAAAGAGUACCUGCCCUUCCUGAACACGCUGAAGACCCUGGAGCAGAACUACCAGCGCUACACCAUCGACAAGCACCUCAAGCGCUACAGGAAAGCUCUGAGCCACAUCAGCAAGUGCGGGGACGGGCACUUCCUGGAGGCUCUGCAGCUGGUGAAGGACCAGAAGCUCUACGCUGAAGCUCUGAGGAUCUACGGCGGCGACGCCUCGCACUACAAGACGCUGAGCUGCGCCUACGCCGAGCACCUGGUGGAGCAGCAGCAGGUGGAGCAGGCCGGCCUGUUGCUAUGGCGAUGUGGAGAGCUGAUGGUGGCGCUGCAGGCCUUCACCGGCUGCUCCAGCUGGAGGAACGCCGUGUGUGUGGCGCAGGAGAUGAAGCUGCCACCAGAGCAGGUGUCUCUGCUGGCCAGAGAUCUGGCAGAGAAGUUGAUGGAACAACGACGGUAUUCUGAAGCAGCUCUGCUGUUGGACCAAUACGCCAAAGACUGUGAGGAGGCCAUCUUGGCUCUGAUCACUGGUGCAGCCUGGGAGGAAGCUCUCCGUCUGAUCCACAUGCACGACCGCCAGGACAUCAGCGAGACCAACCUGAAGCCCUCCCUGCUGGAGGCCGUCGUCACACAGACGCAGUUCCUGGAGACGCAGACGUCCACCUUCACGCGCCACAGAACCCGACUGGCGCUGGUCCGCGAGCAGAAGGAGAAGGCCCGACUCAACAUGCUGGACGACGACGCUCCGGACUGUCCCGACGCCGAACUGUACUCUGAGGCCAGCAGUGUGAUGAGCGGCACCAAGUACUCGCACAGCAACUCGCGCAUCUCCUCGAGGAGCUCGAAGAACCGACGGAAGGCAGAGAGGAAGAAGCUGAGCCUGAAGGAGGGAGGUCCUCUGGAGGACCGAGCCCUGAUGUUCGCUCUGGGUGAGAUCAUCAGCAACGUGGACAAGAUGAGAGAGGAGGUCCACUCGCUCCUGAGGACUCUGGUCCUCUUCCAGUUCGACCGUCAGGCCGAGAAGCUCCAGCAGCUGUACGGGGAAGCGCUGAAGACGAUGGAGGCGGCGAUCCCCGAGGUCUGGCCCGAAGGUGCCGGCAAACAAGCGCCGCUGACUGGACCUCAGUCCACGGCCAACAGCAUCGCAGCGUCCCUCCAGCAGCAGCAGCAGCAGCAGCAGCAGCAGCAGCAGCAGCAGCAGCCUGCUCAAGACGCCGACGUGCCGACUCCACCGAAGAUGAGGAGCUCUGUCAGAUGGAAGCUCGUCGUCCUGCAGUAGCUUUGUUGCAUGUGUGUCGUAAUAAAGGUGGUUUCUAGUACAGAGUUU